AUGAACCCAUACUCAGGCCCACCAGAUGCUUUCAGCACUAUGCCAAUAAGCGAUGUAACAUCGUCGCCGAGCUUUAUGCCACCCUUCUCGAUGGACAUGCCCACAACAGCUGUGUCAUCCUCGGAUAUCAUGGGCUGGACACCCAUGGAGAAUGACCUGGUAGCCAACAUGAUGCCAGGCACCAGUGUACCAAUGUCGCAGAUGGAGACAAGCACUUACUAUUCACCUACUACAGUGAAUGAUGGUCUCAUGGACCCCAUGUUGGAUAACCAGCAAGUCCAAAUGAUGAUGCUGAUGAUGCAGCAACAGCAACAGCAACAGCAACAGCAGCAAUUCUUGCUUUUGCAAGAACAACAACAGCAAAUGCAAUUACAACAGCAGCAGCAGCAACAGCAGCAGCAGGAAUUGCAAGCAAGACGUGCAUCUCAGCAGCAGAGAUUGUAUCAGCAGCAAUUACAACAGCAGCAACAGCAACAAUUACAGCAGCAACAGCAACAGCAACAGCAACAUUUGAAUAGCCAACCUCCACAUUGGUUCAUCAAGCAGCAACAAGCCAAACUCAUACAACAAAACAUGAACAAUAUGUCUACAACACCUUCACCCGUUCAGGUGCUAUCACCCCCCUCCUUACCAUCCAACAAACCCAUGCUUGAUACCAAUGCUGUCAUGUCAAAACGCAUUGAACUGAUCCUGACUAUAAACCAAGAAAUCAUUCGACUAUGCUUGGAACACCAACAACCUAAUUUAAUACAAAGGGAGCCUGAUUUGACAUUGUAUCAAAUUAAAUUGCAGUCCAAUUUAACCUAUCUUGCUACCAUGGCAGACAUUUCAAUGACCAAGCCAGAAGACCAAUUAAAACUACCUGCUCCACCUGAUUUGACCAUGUUGCCAACGCCAUUCACGCCAACCGCGCACAAGAUCCAUCGAUUGUACGAAAUAGCGCAGCGAUUGUUCUAUCGACAACCACAGCAGCAGGCGCAACACACUCAAGACGAGCCCAGCAUGUCUCCACAUCCACAGCAAUUGAUGAUGCAGCAGCAGCAAAUGCAACCAUCUGAUUUCAGUAAAAUGAUGUUAAUGCAGCAACAACAGCAAUUACAACAACAAGGUAACUUGAUGGUGAAUAGUCUGAGUGGAGGUGGUGGUGGCGGUAGUAUUAGUAGUAAUAGUAGCAGUGUCAACAAUUACAUGUAUCCUAAUACAACUCAAAUGAUGAUGAUGACUCCUCGUUUCUGA